GGAAUGCACAAAACUUAGCCUGAUUAUUCUUUUAUGCAGACAUUCGUGACUGCGAGCCCAUAUUGAUAUGAAAUGUUGAAAUAAGUAGCUGAAGGUUACGCGGGAAAAGAGGGGUGAUAUGUCAAGUGACGUUUCGUCUCCAUCUGUUCUGGAAGUGGUUACUGUUGUAGGUAAAACUGUAUGCGCAGGCGCGGCACUGACAGCCGCUCUUUACUUGAUCCGCAGAGUGUGUUUAAUAAUGGCCUGGAAAUCAGGAGGAACUACCCAAGCAGAGCUCGUCAACAACCUUCGCAAAAAUGGAAUCAUCAAAUCGGAUAAGGUCUAUGACGUCAUGCUGGCCACUGACCGGGCUCACUUCUCUCGCUGUAACCCGUACAUGGAUUCACCACAGUCUAUAGGCUUUCAAGCAACCAUCAGUGCUCCACAUAUGCACGCCUACGCGCUGGAGCUGCUUCACGAUCAGUUGUAUGAGGGGGCGAAGGCCUUAGACGUGGGGUCUGGGAGUGGGAUCCUCUCCGUGUGUUUCGCUCGAAUGGUGGGUCCGAAAGGGAAGGUAAUAGGAAUUGAUCACAUCCAGGAGCUAGUGGACGAGUCUUUAACUAACGUAAAGAAAGAUGAUCCCAGCUUGAUAUCUUCUGGCCGAGUGACACUGAUAGUGGGAGAUGGCAGAAUGGGCCACACAGCAGAGGCUCCCUUCGAUGCCAUCCAUGUUGGGGCAGCAGCACCUACAGUGCCACAAGCACUCCUGGAUCAGCUGAAGCCCGGUGGCCGGCUCAUCCUGCCCGUGGGCCCAGCCGGCGGCAACCAGAUGCUGGAGCAGUACGACAAGAUGGAGGACGGCAGCACCAAAAUGAAGCCCCUAAUGGGGGUGAUUUACGUGCCUUUAACAGACAAAGACAAGCAGUGGUCCAGGUGGAAGUGACUUCCUACUCCUCCCUCCCCCCCUUCUUCCCCCCCCAGGGUGGCACAGGGAUGAACUCUGAAUCAGCAGACCGGCUUUAUCCAACAUUUCACUCUGAACUGGGGGGGGCGGGGGGUUGCGACAGGUUCGACGCCAUUGGAUUUCAAACUAAAAAGCUUCAAUAAAAAAAUCAUGAAUGAAAGAACGAAGAAACACCCCCCAGCAUUGCAGUUGUAAUUACGUUUUUAUUUUCUCUCCGGUUGUGGAGCUACGAGUAUUAUAAUGUUAGAUAACCCCCUCUUGAAGGUAAUGGACUGUGGGUUAUUUAACAUAUUUUACAGGAAAGGGGGUUAUUUCUGUUUUUUUUUUUUUAAAUAUCCACCCAAGUUGUCAAUUUGUAUUUCUUUUGAACAGAGGUUGUUCUAGUGAUGAAUUCAGUAUUGCAACCCAUUCUUUCUUGUAUUCUUUACUCUCAUGUGCUUCGGCUUCUAUGGAGCUGAGUGAGAGAGAAUGGGCCUCCUCUGAGCUCAGCUGUAUGACUGAACUUGGUGGAAAGGAAGAAAAGAAAAAAAGAAAAAAAAGACACUUCACAGUAGCUGCCGUGUGUGCAAUUUGCCGGUCAAUGUAGAUAAAUGAAUUGCUCUUUGACGCUAACAUACAUUUGACGCUUCCUCCAACGCUAACUGUUUGUAAGCAGAGCCGCACAUACUCCACUGCCCCACAAUGGCUGAACUCCACUCCCUGGUGUAGUUGUUUGAUAUGCAGCACUUAACACAAAUUGGCAUUGUUGAUGUCCCUCCUCGUGGAGCUGGCUUUUCUACACAAACGAAAAAAUGCACACGUCUACAAACAACAACAACAACAACAACAACAACAAAAUAAACAGGGCUGAGCUUUGCUUUCUCUCUUCUGUCACUUGUAUUGCCCACCGACUGUUUUCCAUGACAACGUUGUGUGCUGGCCCUGAUUGUGGCGACUUCCACAAAUAAAGUAUGGCUUUGCCAAAAUAAACCUCGACGCAAAGCA